CGUGACGUCAUUAGAAAGCGCCCCACCACGGCUGUUAGCGUUGUUUUUUUAUUUACCUCAAGCUGCGUCCCGCAAUGGAAGUAAACAGGGACGAAGCAGAGCGUUGCAUUGACAUUGCAACUGCUGCAUUAACAAACAAUCAAGCAGAGAAGGCCGUUAGAUUUCUAGAAAAGGCACAGAAACUUUUUCCGACGGAUAAGGCGAGAGCACUGCUGGACUUGAUUGCAAAAAAUGGUUUCACCCCUGGUCAUGACAACCAGUCAGGAUCCAGUGAUGGCACUGGGCCAAGGCAGCGAAGACCUGGGGAGGAGGACCAAGGAGAGAAGGCCUCGCAGACAGCCAAAUCCUACACCUCAGAUCAACUGGACGCUGUCAAGAAAAUAAAACAGUGUAAAGACUUCUAUGAGAUUCUUGGAGUGAAGAAAGAUGCGUCUGAAGAUGAUCUCAAAAAGUCAUAUAGAAAAUUAGCGUUGAAAUUCCAUCCCGAUAAAAACCACGCACCGGGUGCCACUGAGGCAUUUAAAGCUAUUGGAAAUGCCUAUGCCUGCUUGAGUAAUGCUGACAAGAGGAAACAGUAUGACCAGUGUGGUGAGGAGAAGAGACACCCGUCAAGACAGGGCCAGACCAACGGCGACUUCCAGGCUGAUAUUUCACCUGAGGAUCUCUUCAAUAUGUUCUUCGGAGGGGGUUUUCCAGCAAGCAACGUUCAUGUAUACAGAAAUGGGCGUUAUCAGAGGCCAGCGGGACAACAGGGACAACAGAGAGAGGGAGGCUUUGCGCUCUUUGUCCAGCUGCUGCCCAUCGUCAUCCUGGUGGUUGUGUCAGCUCUCAGUCAGAUGAUGGUCUCCACUGCCCCCUACAGCCUCAGCUUCAGGCCGUCUAUUGGACACACCCACAAGAGGUACACUGAGACCUUGAGGGUGCCGUACUAUGUGGGAGAGCACUUCUCCAGGGAGUACAACGGACUGAAUCUGAAGACUGUGGAGAGGAGUGUGGAGGAUGACUACAUCUCCAACCUCAGAAACAACUGCUGGAAGGAGAAACAACAGAAGGAGGGCCUGCUGUAUCGAGCUCGCUAUUUUGGAGACAAUGAGUUGUACCAGAGGGCUCAGAAGAUGGGGACACCGAGCUGCUCCAGGCUGUCUGACAUCUCUGUUUCCUUAGGUGGUUAAAUAUAACGGAAGGCUGUUGAUCGCCACACUGAUAGGUAGUUAUCCGAAUCCGCAAAAACAAUUUUAUUGCCUGUAAAUACAUACGCUUUUCAACAUUCGGGACUGUGACUUCACGGCAACACCAAAACUCGGACAGACUCUCUCCUUGAGUUGGAGAUCUUGUAUGGCGAAGAAGAAGAGAAUGACCUAAAGUCUUGUUGAGGAAGAAUGAAUGCCCUCGUUGUUGAUGAUCAUGGUGAUGUCAUGAAGUGACUGUGCUCUGUUACAAGCUGACUGUUUUACAAAUGCACUGUUAGGGAAUCCUGCUUUUACCCUCUUACGUCCUAAAUGGCACACUAUUUGCUAUAUAGUGUACAAUUUUUUUU